UUCACGUGGCCGCCGGGUCCGCCGCCGGAGGUGCCGCUUCCGCUGCUGCUGCUGCUGCCGCUGUCUGGGGCGGCUCGGCCGUUGGGCUGCUGGAGCGGCGGAGGGAGCGGCCGGGUUCUUCUCCCGCGCCCCAUGGCUCAAGGGACCCCGCCGAGAUCGUGAUGGAAGAGCCGGCUCCGAGUCGGCCGCCUUCCCCGCCGGCUUCCCGUUGCGCUCGCAGCCUCCGCCGCCUUCUGCCGGUCGGCGCUUGGCAGGAAGCCCGGGAGCUGAUCAAGAUCGGCGGGCCCGUGUUCACGGCACAACUGCUGGGCUUCUUGAUCAGCGUGGUCAGCUCCAUCUUCUGCGGCCAUCUGGGCAAGGUGGAAUUGGACGCCGUCACCCUUGCAGUCUCGGUCGUCAACGUGGUUGGCAUUUCGGUGGGUACCGGCUUGGCAUCGGUAUGCGACACCCUCAUGUCCCAGACUUACGGGAGUAAGAACGUGAAGAGAGUGGGCACCAUCCUUCAACGGGGCAUCCUGAUCCUCCUCCUUUUCUGCUUCCCCUGCUGGGCCCUUUUCCUGAACACCGAGAGGAUCUUGCUGCUUUUCCGACAGGAUCCGGACGUCUCCAGAUUAACCCACAUUUACGUGAUGAUCUUCAUUCCAGCCCUGCCGGCUGCUUUCAUCUACCAGCUGGAAACACGCUAUUUGCAAAGUCAGGCUGUUCUCUUGCCUCAAGUCGUGACGGGCGUGGUGGUGAACGUGUUGAAUGUGAUCAUGAACACACUUUUCCUGCACACCUUCAAGUUGGGCGUGGUAGGAUCAGCCUGGGCGAAUACCCUUUCACAGAACCUGCAGGCUUUCUUGCUCUUUCUCUUCGUCUGGUGGAAAAAGAUCCAUAAGGAAACCUGGGGAGGCUGGACGAUGGAGUGUUUGCAGGAAUGGGGGGCCUUCAUCCGCCUCGCCCUGCCCAGCAUGUUCAUGAUCUGCAUCGAAUGGUGGACCUUUGAGAUCGGCAGCUUCCUGGCAGGGUUAAUGAGUACGGUGGAAUUAGGCGCUCAGUCCAUCAUCUACGAACUGUCGACCAUCGCAUACCUGCUUCCGCAGGGGAUGAGCAUAGCGUCCAGUGUCCGGGUGGGCAACGCCUUGGGUGCCGGUGAUGCUGACCAGGCCAAGAGGUCGUGCAUCAUGGCCCUGCUUUGCUCUGGAGUCUUUGCUGUGGUUAUCGCUGCGCUGCUGGCGGCCCUGAAGGACGUGGUGGCCUACAUCUUCACGGAUGACAAAGAAAUCGUUGCUUUGGUUGCCAAAGUUAUGCUGAUUUUCUCACCGUUUCACCUGUUCGAUGCCACGGCGGCCACUUGCGGAGGGGUGCUGAGGGGCGCCGGCAAGCAGAAAAUUGGCGCCAUCGCCAACGCAGUGGGUUACUACGUCAUUGGGCUGCCCAUCGGGAUUACGCUGAUGUUCGUGUACAAGCUGGGCGUAAUCGGCCUGUGGACCGGUUUUAUCGUCUGCAUCUCUCUCCAAGCCGCCUCCUUCUUGCUUAUCGCCUUACGCAUGAACUGGAAAAAAGCCGCCGAAGAGGCUCAGAUUCGAGCUGGACUAACAGGUAGACCAGGAAGCGCAGAGGAUUCUGUUAGCGCAGAUUAUCUUGCAAUGAAUUUGGAGGUGCCCAAUGGAGAUACCCUCAGCUGCCUUGGCUCCCCGGACGAAAACUUAGGGGACCAUCAGCCCUUUCCCGGCGAUGAGAUGCCCCAGUUUGUCGUUUCUCCAACACCAGGGGCCUUAUCCUGCAAGCAACUUCUUCUUCGACGCGGACUGGCACUGCUGCUAGCGAUCGCCACCUUGGUUUUGGGGGUUGUCAUCCACCUCCUGCUCUGAGAACUGUGCAGCACGGGAGGAUCAGACAGGGCAGCCCGUUGGAAGGGGAGACCUUCUCACCUCAUCAGGGUUCACUCCAGAGGAUCAAAAAGUGAUCCAGCCUUGGAUCCAAUCCCCAGGGACAGUCGCUCCUCUACCAUCAGCCUGGACCAACGAUGGGGGUCACCCGCUUGACAUGAUUUCUUCACGGGGUGGAAAGACUUAACUCGCCUUUAAAGGCGUUCGGGAAAUCACAUUGGAAUAAAUCCAGGUGUUUUUAAAAAAAUGUUUUUUUUUUUUAAA